AUGACGAUGCCGAUAGUGACGAUGACGAUAAUGACGAUGACGAUGAUGAUGUUGAUGAUGAUAUCGAUGACGAUACCAGUGGUUGUCAAGGUGAUGAGGACAAGGGUUUUGUUGCAUUGGCGGUGUGCCGUGUCCCCGUGGCCCAUUGGUACUAGUGGAUUUGGAAACAACGAUGACGAUGCCGAUAGUGACGAUGACGAUGACAAUAAUGAUGAUGAUGACGAUGACGAUAUCGAUGACGAUACCAGUGGUUGUCAAAGUGAUGACGACAAGGUAAGUACUGGGGUGACAAUGAUGAUGAUGAUGAUAUGGGUAACGGCUGUGGGUAUUAAUGAUUUCGAUGAUUUUGAUGAUGAUGAUAUUGACAGUGGGGAUAAGGAAUAA